UGCACAAAUGAUUUUUUCAAAUAGCAUAAAAAACUUAAUAAACUUCAAGUAGACUUAAAAAUUAAAAAUAUAUAUUAGUAAACUUGUUAGAUUAAAAUUAAGCUGUAAGAUUAAAUCAUAAAUUGAGUAAACAUUCGAGAUUAAAACAACAUUUCAAACAAUAUCCUCUCGUUUUACUUGGGUUAUUUGAAUAAAAUAAACAUAUUGCAUAUUAUAACAUAUUCAAAUCUUCUAUAUUCAAAAAUAUAAAACUUUUAACUAAAAAAAAAAUAAUAAUAAGUCGAUGACAGCUUUCAUGGACUGUCAGUGAACCAUUCGACACAGUUGUUUUCAGCAGAUAGAUUGAGAGGAGCUUUUGCAGAGUAUGCGGGCAGAGCAAAACGAAAAGUGUCUAAAUAUAUCACACUGGCUAUGUGUGCAUGUGUUAUAUUAGCGCGCUUGAAUGUUAGAUCAUCUAGGAUAGCGCGACAAUAAUAUUGACAAUAAUAAACAAACGCAAACUUAACUUUUAUCUAUUUUAAUAGAAAAUUCUUAUAAUUAAAUAUUUACUUUUAAACAUAUGAGAAUUCCGUAUUAUAUAUUCUCUUGUACUAUUUACUAGUCACAUUGCUAUUAGAACGAUCCUCUUUUAGAAUGGCCGAGAAAUGCUACUUUUAUACGUCACAGUUGCAUUUAUGCCCAAUAUUUUGGGAUUUCCGAGGAAGAUACCGAUCGGAGGCUUGUUCGACAGCAACGAGAUUAUUCAAAAAGGAUUUGAAAUGUCAAUCGAAGCAAUAAAUAAAAAUAUCACUACUAUCAAGCGCGCAAGGGGCGUGUCGUUAAAAUCCAGAGCAGAAAAAAUCAACAAGAAUGCAUUUCAAGUAGCAAAGAUAGCGUGCGAGCUGGUAAACGACAGAGUGGCCGGAAUUUUCGGUCCUCAAGAUAAAUCGACAGCAAGCUACGUUCAAAGUAUGUGCGAUACCCUGGACAUACCUUACAUUGCUGCCAGAUGGGAUCCUGAACUAAAACGUGGCAAUGUAAUAAAUCUGUAUCCACACCCCAACGCCCUUUCCAUGUUUUUUCAAGAAUUAAUAGAAGAAUACAAAUGGAAAGAAUAUGCGAUACUUUACGACAACGUGGAUGGCCUGAUGCGCAUGAACCGCUUGCUCAAAUUGCCAAACAUGAAUACUAUUUCCGCAAUGGUGUUCCAUUUAGGUAGUGGACCGAAUUUUAGGCAAACCAUAAAAGAAGUCAAAAUGUUUGGAUAUAAAAAUAUCAUAAUCGAUUGUUCAUACGAUAUUCUUGCAUCUGUUCUCAAACAAGCACUACAAGUCGGAAUAAUGUCAGAAAAAUAUAGAGUGAUUGUUACUUCUCUGGACCUGCAAACAUUGGAUUUAGAACCUUACCGACACUCCGGAGUAAAUUUAACGGGCAUACGUUUAAUCGACCCAGAAAAUCUAAUUGUCCAACGUACUCUUCAAUCUCUUAAUUGGAACUUGACAGAUGGUUCUCACUUAAGGGUGGAAGCGGCGCUCGCUUAUGAUGCAGUACAACUUUUCGCGAGCAGUUAUGCGCGAUUACGCGGCAGCGUCACUGGAAAUCUCAUAAAAUUGUCUUGCAACGACACAAAAAUUUGGGGACACGGUUUCAGCUUAAGUAAUUAUAUGCGGAAUGAGCAAAUACACGGAUUGACCGGUAUGAUAAAAUUUGACACGGCUGGGUUCCGAAGUGAAUUUCAACUAGACAUCAUAAAUCUAGGAUAUAAAGGAUUAUAUAAAGUCGGAAGAUGGGAGCCAAAUUCGGGUUUUCAAUGGAAACCGGGAUACAGAAUCCCCGGAAUAGAUGAUAACAAGAGUUUACGCAAUCAGCAUUUUAUUAUCCUGAUAUCACUAACAGAUCCGUAUGGGAUGCUUAAAGAAUCAACGGAUGUAAUAACUGGAAAUGAGCGGUAUGAAGGUUUCGCGAUAGAUAUAAUUCAGGAAAUGAGCAUGUUGCUGGGGUUUAAUUACACUUUUGAAGUUCAGACCGACAAUGCUUACGGAUCGUUUAAUAAUGUAACUAAGAAAUGGAACGGAAUGUUAGGAAAAAUAAUCGCUCAUGAGGCGGAUUUAGCAAUUACUGAUCUGACGAUCACGGCGGCGAGGCAAAGCGCUGUAGAUUUUACAGAUCCAUUUAUGAACUUAGGUAUAAGCGUUCUCUAUAGGACGCCAACAAAGGCCCCUCCAGGUUUACUAUCCUUUUUAGGGCCGUUUUCGAAUGAAGUUUGGGUGCAUAUGAUCGGAGCGUAUGUCGGCGUAUCAGCAUUGUUAUUCGUAAUCGGAAAAUUGUGUCCCGUAGAAUGGAAGAAUCCAUAUCCGUGCAUCAAAGAGCCAGAGGUAUUGGAAACGCCCUAUACUUUUAUGGAAACUCCGUUUCUCGUGAUUGGGGCCAUCCUGAAGGCUGCUACCGGAUUUGCACCCGCAGGAAUUUCAACAAGAGCUUUGGCUGUUGCGUGGUGGUUUUUCAUUCUGAUCAUUUCGGCAACGUAUGUCGCCAAUUUGGCAGCCGCGUUAUCCUUCAAAUCCGUUGUGUGGGACUUUCAAGUUGCGGAAGAAUUAGCUUACCAAAAAAAAAUUAAAUACGGCGCAAAAAUUAACGGCUCGACAUUGUCAUUCUUUCAGGAUUCCACAUAUGAACCGUACGAGAUUAUGUAUAGAUAUAUGAAAAAUCAUGAAAAAGAAGUGCUUGUGGAAGAUAAUGAGGAUGGCGUACGAAAAGUGCAAAACGAAAAUUACGCCUUUCUCAUGGAAUCUUCGUCGAUUGAGUAUAUUAAACAAAGACAGUGUAAUGUAACGCAGAUUGGUGGACUUUUAGACGCCAAAGGGUACGGGAUAGCAAUGAGGAAAGAUGCACCUUAUCGAAAGGAUCUGAGUAAAGCCAUACUAAAGCUGCAGGAAAACGGCAAGCUUGGCGAGUUACAAAACAUAUGGUGGAAACAGAAGCGAGGCGGUAAUAAAUGCGACGAACCAGUACAAGUCACAGUGGAAGCAUUAGAUUUCGAGGACGUCGGUGGAGUAUUUACUAUUAUGAUAAGUGGCAUUGCAUUGUCUUGGAUUUUUGCUGGAUGGGCAUUUCUUUGGAAUAUCCGAAACAUUGCAGUCAGACAUGACGUGAUUAUAUUUUUAAUGACUGAAUUUUUACAUUUACUUUACAGAAUUAUUUUAAAAGCUACAAAAAUUGUGUGCUUACAGAUAUCUUUUAAAAGAGAGCUAAUGGAAGAAUUAAGAUUCUUAAUCAAAUGUAGCAGCACGAAGAUCGUAAAAAGAAGAAAAAAAUCCAUCGGAACGAUUAAAAGCAAUAGCACCAGUUACUAAUAAAUAUAUGUCAUUUCCGCAGCAGUUGUGUAACAAAAUUAAACCAAAUAAAAUAGAAAUCACCACAAA